AUGGCUAGCGAGGGCCUUCCCAAAGACCCGCAGCUUUCAGACCCCGAAAGGCAAUAUAUACUGGACUCGAGUGACCGAUUUAAUCGCCUAGGCUGGAAGCGCCUUACCGUUAUAUCAAUAGUUGAGGCUAUUGCACUUGGGAGUCUAAGUUUACCGUACGCAUUCGCAAGUCUUGGCAUGGUUGCAGGAGUAAUCCUAACAGUGGGCAUUGGGUUCGUGGCAAUGUAUGCCGGCUAUAAUAUCGGACAGGUCAAAUUACGAUAUCCGCAGGUCGCUCACUAUGCAGACGUUGGAAAUCUUCUUUUUGGGAAGUUUGGUUCGAAGAUAUUUGUCGGCAGUUUCGUGGCUCUUCUGAUAUUUGUCAUCGGGUCGCAUUGCUUGACUGGGGCUAUUGCCUUCGAAACGAUUACUCAAAGCGGCUCGUGCUCCCUAAUAUUCAGCAUUGCGUCUGCUGCCAUUCUUAUGCUCCUUGCGAUUCCCCCAUCGUUUGCCGAAAUUGCGAUACUCGGUUAUGUCGACUUCGCCUCCAUUAUUUUGGCCAUAGGAGUCACUAUGAUUGCAACUGGUAUUCAGAAUACGAACGGUUCCUUCGACAAUAUUGUCCCAUGGUCAGCCUGGCCAAAGCCCGGUCUUACCUUCUCAGCGGCCAUCGUAGCCACCAACAACAUUGUGUUCGCAUACUCAUUUGCUGGCUGCUUGCCGUCAUUCAUGGAGGACAUGCACACGCCUAGCGAUUACAUAAAAACGCUUUGGUGGCUGGGAGGUAUCCAAAUUAUCAUCUAUACCCUGACGGGAUCAAUUAUAUAUGCUUUUGUCGGACAGGACGUGCAAUCACCUGCCUUGCUAUCAGCGGGACCCCUCAUCUCAAGGGUAGUCUUCGGUAUAGCCUUGCCAGUUAUCUUCAUUUCCGGGUCGAUUAAUACAACUGUGGUUUGCCGAUACAUGCACGGCAAAUUUUAUCAAGACUCUAUUGUCCGUCUUGUGAACACUGCAAAAGGCUGGACUACAUGGCUCGGCUUGGUUUUCCUUGUUACAGUUCUGGCAUGGAUUAUUGCUGAGGCAAUUCCCAUUUUUUCGGAGCUUUUAUCCAUCAUUUCAUCACUGUUUGUUUCCGGGCUAUCGUUUUAUCUUCCACCAGUGAUGUGGUAUAUGCUUCUACGGGAGGGUGCUUGGUAUGAACAGCAUAACCUCAAGCCUGCAAUUUACAAUGCUAUAGUAUUCCUAGUUGGCAUGAUCAUCUUUGGAUGUGGUACAUAUGCCAGUAUUGUGGAGCUGAUCGAUAAAUUCGAGUCGGGCUCAAUCAGCAAGCCUUUCACAUGCUCAAGUAGCUAG